AUGUUGCUUCCUCUGUUCUCGAUCCUGGCGAUGGCAGUGGCGUACCCCCAGUCUACCCUGGACCCCACGCUCCUGACCGACAUCUUCGGCACGCCACCGACGCCACUCCCUAACCCUACAAACUUACCUCCAAAGCUUGAAGAUAUAACUGUCCGCCCAACUCAAGCUGGUCAAACCUUUGUUGACAAAGAUGGGGAGCAGUGCCAAUGUGUGCCAUAUUACCUGUGUGAUAGUGACCUGAAUGCAGUCUACUUGACUAACUCUAGCAUUCACGGCUAUGGAGUUUUGGAUAUUAGAUUUGGAGAAAAAGAUGACUGUCAGGAAAGUGUGGAGCGUUGUUGCAAAGUGCCCAAACCUGAACCGGAACCCGAGAUUCCAGACCCAACAAAACUCAAGGCCUGCGGAUACCGCAACCCAUUAGGAUUGGACUUCGCACUCCUUGGAGGAAAUGGCAAUGAGGCGUUCUUCGGAGAGUUCCCGUGGGUCGUGGCGCUUUUGAACGCAGAUAAUUUAGCCUACGUCGGAGUCGGUGUUCUAAUACACCCUCAAGUUGUCAUGACCGGCGCCCAUGUGGUUUACAAAUUCGCCCCCGGCAAGGUGGUGGCUCGCGCUGGUGAAUGGGACACUCAAACCAACAAGGAAAGGCUAAAGUCUCAAGAGCGCAUCGCUAAAGAUAUCGUCAUACGUGAAGAUUUCCACGAAAAGAGUUUAAGAAACGACAUCGCCCUGCUCCAAUUAGACGAACCCUUCCAACUAGCGGAGCACAUCAACACGUUGUGCCUGCCAGAACCCGACGAGGACUUCGACAGCUACAAGAACUGCGUCGCUAAUGGAUGGGGAAAGACCGCAUUCGGUCAAAAAGGUAGAUACGCUGUGAUCCUCAAGAAGAUAGAGGUAGACAUGGUACCGUUCGACCGCUGCGGCGAACUCCUCAAACGGACGCGUCUCGGAAGAAGGUUCAAACUUGAUCGUAGCUUCGUAUGCGCUGGUGGGGAGGAAGGAAAGGACACCUGUCAAGGUGACGGUGGCGCCCCCCUCGCCUGUCCCGUCGGCAAUGAUCGUUAUAAAUUAGCCGGAUUAGUCGCAUGGGGAGUAGGUUGUGGGCAAAAAGACGUACCAGCCGUGUAUGCCCGGGUUUCCAUGUUCAGGAACUGGGUAGAUGACGUCAUGAACUCUUGGGGAUACCCAACUUCAUCGUAUACAAUAAAUGAAUAGAUAAUUAUUGAUUUUGUAGUAAUAAAGUGAUAAUUUUUAAGA